AAGCUUUAUUGGCAUGACAAAUAAACAAUUUACAUUGCCCAAGCAGGUGAUCAAUAAAGAGAAUAUGGUAUAAAACGUUAAAUACAAAAUGUAUAUGAAUAUCAGACAUAAUACCAAGUAAUGGUGGGCUAACUUCAGCGUCGGAAUAAAAAGUUACAUCUCGUAAAGAGCAAAAAGUCUCUUCUCUUCUGAUUGAUUGCUCUGUUUUUAAUGAAACCUUUUAUAUUCAAUGUUUCCUCGACCAUCGAUCGACCCUCACCAGAGCCCGUCUACAUAAGACAUUCUGCCCUCACGCACCCACCUCUGGGAAGUCCAUUUACGGAUCGCGUCAUGACUUUGGCCUAAAGUUAAAUAAAUCGAGCAAUAUUCGAUGUCAAAUAUAUACAUAUACCAAUACUUAAAAUUCAAGGCAAAGCAGAUUUUUUUUUUUAACUAAUCACACAAGUCCCGUUUUCUACCAGCUCCAAUUUGGAAGUUUUUUUUAAUCAGAAUUACUAGAUAUCGUGAACAUCAUCGUAUGAUAACAUAUAUGCACAAUAUACGCAACAGAUAUGUGACCUUAUGUUGAAUCAAUAUAACUUGGUUAUAGGGGAAUUUACAAUAAUACAGACGCACCACCAAACAUUUAUUGAGAUGCACCUUUAUAAUACAGGUGCAUUUAGGUGUGUAUUCGCGUAUUUGCCGUUGCAAAAGUAUAUGGUUAUUCGUUUUUGUGGCUGUUUGUGGUUUAGCCUAUGGGGCGGUCUUUAGACGGCAGUUGAAAUGCAAUCCGAUCCAACAAGGAAAAGAAACUUAAAACUGCGCCAUAUUAACAUGACGUGGAGGGACUCUUUCUGGAGACAAAGAACAACACCAUAUAAACGAUGUAAUCCAACAAGCCCCAAAGCAUUAUAAGGUUUCUAGGUCUCCAGUUGACAAUGAAUGAAGAGGGAGAAAAAGGGGGUCCUACCCCUAAAUCCACUCUGUCUGGGGAACAUGGCCGCCAGAGUAAAGACCAGAGCCCAGAGCAGCAGCAGAGAGCAGACUCCACUGGACCCAGCUGUGUCUCCAUGAAGAGUGACCGCUCCAUGGAUCACCCUGCUACGUUUAAAGAUGGAAAUCAGUCGAUUGAGAAAAGAAGAGUCCAGCAGCAGAGAGCAGACUCCCCUGGACCCAGCUGUGUCUCCAUGAAGAGUGACCACUCCAUAGAUCACCCUGCUACGUUUAAAGAUGGAAAUCAGUCGAUUGAGAAAAGAAGAGUCCAACAGCAGAGAGCAGACUCCCCUGGACCCAGCUGUGUCUCCAUGAAGAGUGACCGCUCCAUGGAUCAUCCUGCUACGUUUAAAGAUGGAAAUCAGUCUAUUGAGAAAAGAAGAGUCCAACAGCAGAGAGCAGACUCCCCUGGACCCAGCUGUGUCUCCAUGAAGAGUGACCACUCCAUGGAUCAUCCUGCUACGUUUAAAGAUGGAAAUCAGUCGAUUGAGAAAAGAAGAGUCCAGCAGCAGAGAGCAGACUCCCCUGGACCCAGCUGUGUCUCCAUGAAGAGUGACCACUCCAUGGAUCACCCUGCUACGUUUAAAGAUGGAAAUCAGUCGAUUGAGAAAAGAAGAGUCCAACAGCAGAGAGCAGACUCCCCUGGACCCAGCUGUGUCUCCAUGAAGAGUGACCGCUCUAUGGAUCACCCUGCUACGUUUAAAGAUGGAAAUCAGUCUAUUGAGAAAAGAAGAGUCCAACAGCAGAGAGCAGACUCCCCUGGACCCAGCUGUGUCUCCAUGAAGAGUGACCACUCCAUGGAUCAUCCUGCUACGUUUAAAGAUGGAAAUCAGUCUAUUGAGAAAAGAAGAGUCCAGCAGCAGAGAGCAGACUCCCCUGGACCCAGCUGUGUCUCCAUGAAGAGUGACCGCUCCAUGGAUCACCCUGCUACGUUUAAAGAUGGAAAUCAGUCUAUUGAGAAAAGAAGAGUCCAACAGCAGAGAGCAGACUCCCCUGGACCCAGCUGUGUCUCCAUGAAGAGUGACCACUCCAUGGAUCAUCCUGCUACGUUUAAAGAUGGAAAUCAGUCUAUUGAGAAAAGAAGAGUCCAGCAGCAGAGAGCAGACUCCCCUGGACCCAGCUGUGUCUCCAUGAAGAGUGACCACUCCAUGGAUCACCCUGCUACAUUUAAAGAUGGAAAUCAGUCGAUUGAGAAAAGAAGAGUCCAACAGCAGAGAGCAGACUCCACUGGACCCAGCUGUGUCUCCAUGAAGAGUGACCACUCCAUGGAUCACCCUGCUACGUUUAAAGAUGGAAAUCAGUCGAUUGAGAAAAGAAGAGUCCAACAGCAGAGAGCAGACUCCCCUGGACCCAGCUGUGUCUCCAUGAAGAGUGACCGCUCCAUGGAUCACCCUGCUACGUUUAAAGAUGGAAAUCAGUCGAUUGAGAAAAGAAGAGUCCAACAGCAGAGAGCAGACUCCCCUGGACCAACCUGUGUCUCCAUGAAGAGUGACCGCUCUAUGGAUCACCCUGCUACGUUUAAAGAUGGAAAUCAGUCUAUUGAGAAAAGAAGAGUCCAGCAGCAGAGAGCAGACUCCCCUGGACCCAGCUGUGUCUCCAUGAAGAGUGACCACUCUAUGAGUCCACCUCCUAACCUUAAAGAUGGACGACCCUCCAGAGAGGAGAGAAGAGUCCAGCAGCAGAGAGCAGACUCCCCUGGACCCAGCUGUGUCUCCAUGAAGAGUGACCGCUCUAUGAAUCAACCUCCUAACCUUAAAGAUGGACGCCCCUCCAGAGAGGAGAGAAGAGUCCAGCAGCAGAGAGCAGACUCCCCUGGACCCAGCUGUGUCUCCAUGAAGAGUGACCACUCUAUGGGAGAACCUUGGAGUUUUAAAGAUGGAAAUCAGUCUAUUGAGAAGAGAAGAGUCCAGCAGCAGAGAGCAGACUCCUCUGGACCCAGCUGUGUCUCCAUGAAGAGUGACCACUCUAUGAAUAGACCUCCUAACCUUAAAGAUGGACGCCCCUCCAGAGAGGAGAGAAGAGUCCAGCAGCAGAGAGCAGACUCCCCUGGACCCAGCUGUGUCUCCAUGAAGAGUGACCACUCUAUGAAUCGACCUCCUAACCUUAAAGAUGGACGCCCCUCCAGAGAGGAGAGAAGAGUCCAGCAGCAGAGAGCAGACUCCCCUGGACCCAGCUGUGUCUCCAUGAAGAGUGACCGGUCUAUGGGAGAACCUUGGAACUUUAAAGAUGGAAAUCAGUCUAUUGAGAAGAGAAGAGUCCAGCAGCAGAGAGCAGACUCCUCUGGACCCAGCUGUGUCUCCAUGAAGAGUGACCGCUCUAUGAAUCGACCUCCUCUCCUUAAAGAUGGACGCCCCUCCAGAGAGGAGAGAAGCGUCCAGCAGCAGAGAGCAGACUCCCCUGGACCCAGCUGUGUCUCCAUGAAGAGUGACCGCUCUAUAAAUCAACCUCCUCUCCUUAAAGAUGGACGCCCCUCCAGUGAGGAGAGUCAACCCCACCAGAUAUCAAAGGUUACCAGUGCUCAGUCUGUACAGCAGCAUCAAACAGAGCUGAUCAAGAGGGCUGAGGAGAACGCACACGCUUUCCUAGACAAGGAGCUGAAGAAGCUCUGGAGGGAUCUCUUCUCAGAUUACCCACAAUGCUCAGAGAGUCAGAGGGAGGAGGAGGAGUUGGAUGCUAAGAACGAGGAGCAGAGGAGGCGCGCCAUAGAGGGAGUGGUGGACAUCACAAAGCUCUGCCUGAUGGAGAUGAACCAGGAGGAACUGGCAGACACACUGUGGGCCGGAUCUGCUGCUGUUGAGUGCCAACAUAAAAUCAAGUCUCAUUUGAAGAAGAAGUUAAAGUGUGUCUCUGAGGGAAUCCCUAAAGCAGGAAAUCCAACGGGUCUGAAUGACUUCUACACAGAGCUCUUCAUCACAGAGAGAGCCAGUGGAGAGGUCAACAAGGAACAUGAGGUCAGACUGAUUGAAACAGCUUCCAGGAAACCAGCCAAGGAAGAAACACCAAUAAAAUGUGAAGACAUCUUUAAACCCUUACCUGGACGAGAUCAACCAAUAAGAACAAUAAUGACAACUGGAGUGGCCGGCAUUGGUAAAACCAUCGUAACACAAAAGUUCACUCUGGACUGGGCUGAAGGCAAAGCCAACCACGACAUACACUUCACAUUUCUGUUAACUUUCAGAGAGCUGAAUUUACUGAAAGAGAAAGAGUUUAGCUUGGUGGAACUUCUUCAUCACUUCUUUAUUGAGACCAAAGAAGCAGGAAAUCUGCAGAUAUCCACAGGUUACCAAGUUGUCUUCAUCUUAGAUGGUCUGGAUGAGUGUCGACUUCCUCUGGAAUUCCAGAGUAACCCGAUCUGGACUGAUGUCACAAAGUCCACCUCGGUGGACGUGCUGCUGACAAACCUCAUCAGGGGCGACCUGCUUCCCUCCGCUCGUAUAUGGAUAACCACACGUCCUGCGGCAGCCAAUCAGAUCCCUGCUGAGUGUGUUGACAGGGUGACAGAGGUGAGGGGGUUCACCGACCCACAGAAGGAGGAGUACUUCAGGAAGAGAUUCAGAGACGAGGCGCUGGCCAACACAAUCAUCUCCCACGUCAAGAAAUCACGAAGCCUCCACAUCAUGUGUCACAUCCCAGUCUUCUGUUGGAUCACUGCUACAGUUCUGGAGGACAUCUUAAAAACAUCCAAGAGAGGAGAAGAGAUGCCCAAGACCGUGACUCAGAUGUACAGCCACUUCCUGAGGGUUCAGUCCGAUACAGGGGGACAGGAAGUAUCGUCGAUAGAUGAAAAAGAUCCACAGUGGAGUUCAGAGAGCAAGGAUAUCAUUUUUAAACUGGGAGAACUUGCUUUCAACCAGCUGAGAGAAGGCAACCUGAUCUUCUACGAGGAAGACCUGGCAGACUGUGGCAUCGACAUCAAAGCAGCCUCAGUGUACUCAGGAGUCUUCACCCAGAUCUUUAGAGAGGAGUUUGGGCUGUACCAGGACAAGGUGUUCUGCUUUGUCCAUCUGAGCCUCCAGGAGUUUCUGGCUGCUCUUUAUGUCUUUCUGUCCUUCAUCAACGAUGGUGUCAAUCUGCUCUCAGAAGAACCACCCACCUCUGGGGAAGAUAAACUCCUCCUCCUCUACCAGAGUGCUGUGGACAAGGCCUUACAGAGUGAGAACGGACACCUGGACUUGUUCCUCCGCUUCCUCCUGGGCCUCUCUCUGGAGACCAAUCAGAUUGUCCUACGAGGUCUGCUGGGACAGAGAAGAAGUACCUCACAGACCAAUACAAAAACAGUGUCUUACAUCAAGGAGAAGAUAGAUGACGAUCUCUCUCCAGAGAGAAGCAUCAAUUUGUUCCACUGUCUGAAUGAGCUGAACGACCGUUCUCUAGUGAAGGAGAUCGAACAGUACCUGACAUCAGGAAGACUCUCCAGGGACUAUCUCUCUCCUGCUCAGUGGUCAGCUCUGGCCUUCAUCCUACUGACAUCAGAAGAGGAGCUAGACGUGUUUGACCUGAAGAAAUACUCUGCUUCAGAGGAGGGUCUUCUGAGGCUGCUGCCAGUGGUCAAAGCCUCCAAAACAUCUCUGCUGAAUGGCUGUCAUCUGUCAGAGAGAUGCUGUGAAGCUCUGGCCUCAGUUCUCAGCUCCAGCUCUACUGAAAAGCUGGACCUGAGUACCAAUCAUCUGCAGGAUUCAGGAGUGAAGCUGCUCUCUGCUGGACUGGGGAGUCCACACUGUACACUGGAAACUCUCAGCCUCAAUGGCUGUCAUCUGUCAGAGAGAUGCUGUGAAGCUCUUGCCUCAGUUCUCAGCUCCAACUCCUCUAGUCUGAGGGAGCUGGAGCUGAGUACCAAUGAUCUGCAGGAUUCAGGAGUGAAGCUGCUCUCUGCUGGACUGAGGAGUCCACACUGUACACUGGAAACUCUCAGCCUCAAUGGCUGUGAUCUGUCAGAGAGAUGCUGUGAAGCUCUGGCCUCAGUUCUCAGCUCCAAGUCCUCUAGUCUGAAAAAGCUGGACCUGAGUACCAAUGAUCUGAAGGAUUCAGGAGUGAAGCUGCUCUCUGCUGGACUGGGGAGUCCACACUGUACACUGGAAACUCUCAGCUUGUCUGGCUGCCUGGUCACACAGGAAGGCUGUGCUUCUCUGGCCUCAGCUCUGAGCUCCAACCCCUCCCAUCUGAGAGUGCUGGACUUGAGCUACAAUCACCCAGGAGACUCUGGAGCUGCGCUGCUCUCUGCUGGACUGGAGGAUCCACACUGGAGACUGGACACUCUCAGUGUGGAGCACGGUGGAGUGUGGAGGCUGAAACCAGCUCUAAAGAAGUAUGCCUGUGACCUCACACUGGACCCCAACACGGCCGGCAGACGACUCUCUCUGUCUGAGGACAACAGGAAGGCGUGCAGCAGCUGGAUGGAGAGGCUGGGUUCUGAGGCUUGCAGCCCCAGGAUGGAGCAGAGACCGAGGCUGGAGACCAGAGGCCCGCAGCACCGGACCAGAGGGUAACAUCACCUCCUUGAC